AUGCAGAGUGGGGCCUUGCUCGUGCUGACAUGCUUGUUCAUGAGUGUGUGUACGUAUGGUGUGGGCACGCUACCACUGGCAUUUCAACUGUCGCGUCAUAGUCUGCGGAAGCUGGAGCUGUGGGGCGCAGGGCUGCUGCUGGGUGCGGCGCUGACCGUGGUGAUUCCCGAGGGCAUACAGAACGUGUAUGCUUCACGAGCAGAUGGCGCGCGGUACGCGCUGCCGCCGAAAGAUCUCGUGGCGUUUUGUCUUCUGGGUGGCUUUUUGCUCAUGUUUGUCGUUGAGCAGCACAUGACGGCGCGCUCGGCCCAGCCGAGAGCGUCGCCGUCACCUUCCGUCUUGUCGGAUGCGCCGUCUGAAGCGACUUUGCAGUGGCAACCGCGCAUGGAUGAUGCGGAGCCGUGGUACAGCGUGCUCAGUGGUCUGUUGGGUAUUUUGGUGCAUGCCGCGGCGGACGGCGUAGCGAUGGGCUCGUCAGUGGAGAGCUCGGAUGUGUCGUUGCGUGUCGUGGUCAUCUUGGCGAUCCUUGUGCACAAGGCACCCGCUUCUGUGGGGAUAUGCACGCUCCUUAUGUCGCGGCAUUCUCCCCAGAAUCAAAUCCGCUUCGCUGUCCUCGUGUUUGCCGUCACGACGCCGGCCUUUGCGUUGCUGACCUAUGGCAUUCUCCAGGGUCUGCUGACAGCUACAGGCUCGACAGGUGCGGUGAUUGGGUCUCGCGAAAUCGGCGCGAUCCUGUCGUUCAGUGGUGGUACGUUCCUCUUCGUCGCGAUACACGCUGUGAUGGAGCUGGCCUCGCAUCCCGUGAGUCAACAUACCCGCACCGGGGAACACCACCCGCACGAUGAUGACCAUCCCAUUCACGCGCAGGUCGAGACGCGCCUGGUCGCACCGCUUCUCCCGCGCUUUCUUGGCGAGCAAGACGCGGUCGCGCAUAGUUCUACGAGAUCGCUGGCCUAUGUGAUCGUCGGGUCGAUUGUGCCGCGGUUGCUGCAAUUGUUGGUAGGGCAUCAUCAUCAUUCUCCAUCGUAG